AUGCCUACCCUUGAUCCUAGCGAAUUGAAUGUAGUUCUCGCUGUCUUUGGCGCGAUCAUCAUUCUAUUUGGUAUCAUCUCCGUCAAGAUAAAGAAUGUGUGGUACCUGGGCGAGGCCUUACCGGCCGUCGUGUUAGGCAUAUGCCUUGGUCCUAUAGCUGCUAGGUUCAUCGACAGCGAGAGAUGGGGGUCAGCUGUUGAGGGACAGACCCAAGACAUCACUCUUGGGCUUACGAGAGUGAUGAUUGGUAUCCAACUGGUCAUGGCCGGCUACCAGUUGCCAGCAAAGUACCAAAAGAACAAGUGCAAAGAAAUGGCCAUACUCAUGCUGCCCAUCAUGACCUUGAUGUGGUUGGCUACGACAGCCUGUAUCAUUGCAACUAUUCCUAAGUUGACGUUCCUGGGUGCUGGUGUGAUUGCUGCUUGCGUUACCUCAACGGACCCUGUUGAUCCAGUUCUGUCACAAGCGGUUGCCAAGGGACCAUUUGCCGACAAGUUCGUCCGGCGCUCCUUGCGGGAAAUCAUCUCUUCCGAAAGUGGCGCACACGACGGCUUCGGGUUCCCGAUAUUGAUGCUGACGACAUAUCUCAUACGGCACGCGGAGAGAUCUGAGGUGCACGCAGAUGAUGCAACAUUGCACGCGGUCGGUCGUGCACUUCUUCCUAGAGCCGGUGACGUUGCACGUCAAGGUGGAGGUGUUGGUGUCGCUUUGCUGAACUGGUUGUUGGAGACCUGGCUUUACUUCGUCCUCAUGAGUAUAGCCUACGGGGUCAUUGUGGGAACACUGAUCAGGCUUGCUCUGAGAUAUUCUGUGAGAAAGAAGUGGAUCGACUCCGAAAGCUACGUGCUCUUGCCAACGGCAAUUGGUCUUUUCAUGAUGGGCACCUCAGGAGCCAUCGGAACCCACGAUCUACUAUCUUGCUUCGUUGCCGGUAGUGCACUCAACUGGGACGGCGAGUACCUUGCAGAGGCACAGAAGCGACACGACGAAGUCAACGCCAGCAUCGACGUUCUUCUCAACUUUGGGGGUUUUAUUUAUCUCGGAACUAUCAUCCCGCCCCUCAUGCCCAAUACCAUCAAGGACUGGAAAGAAGCCUUGCUCAUGGGUUACUUUGGCCUUAUUGGCGUUGGUGCUGCCUUUUAUGUCGAGCAUGCGCGUCAUCUCUUCCUUAAGCUUGCCGAGGCCGAGGGCGACAGCGAGGUAGUUGAUAUGCUCCGGGCUAUUGUCCACGGAGUAUCUAUACCUAUCCUCAAUGUCAUCUACGGAUACAUGGGUGUCCAGCCGGUUCAGGAAGAUGCUGUGGCAAUCCGACGCCGGUCUGUUCGCGUCCCUCCUCCAUCGAACGCGGUCGAGGGCGACAAGGAGACCUUUAUCGCCUUCAACCGUUUCUCUCGGCCGAAUAUGUCAACAGAGACACUGUCCCACAUGGGAGAUGACAACUCAUCUGUCGGAGAUGAGAAAGUUCGAUACUCAGACCUCGAGUCCGGCCUCCAAGAAGCGAGGCAAAACGCAGAGUUAUCUCCAAGGCGAAACUUCAAUCUCCCACGACUGAAAGCGCCUCGCAGCUUCAGCCUGCCUCGCACAAGUAUGAGUCAACUGAAAUGGGAUCAGCCACACGUUACGCAGGGCUAG